ACUAGUGUAUAUCUCAACACUCCAAAGCCUUAAUUUAUCCACAUUCCAUUCAAUCUCCAUAUCCUAAAAAAAAACCAUCAAAAUGUAUAAUGGAUUCAAUUGUGGAGGUGGAUCAGCGAUUGCCGAAGCUCUCAAUGUCAAUGUGUAUGGCAAUGGCAGCGAGACACUCGUGUUGGCUCACGGAUUCGGGUUGGAUCAAAAUGUUUGGCAUUACAUGGUUCCCUACCUUGCUUGUUUCUUCAAAGUGGUUGUUUUUGACUUGGUUUUUUCUCCAAAUGUGAAGCUUGAGCUAUAUGAUGAGAGGAAGUACUCAAGUUUUGAUGGAUAUGCCAAAGAUCUGUUAUGUGUUCUUGACCAUCUCCAUGUUAAGAGAACUAUUUACGUCGGUCAUUCCAUGUCCGCUAUGGUUGGAUGUGUUGCUGCAACCUAUAGGCCUCAACUCUUUCACCAUCUUGUAUUGUUGAAUGCCUCUCCAAGGUAUCUCAAUGGUGAAGGAUAUAUUGGGGGAUUUGAAAAGCCACAAGUUGAUGAACUUUUGAAAGAAAUGGAUAAAAACUUCACAAAAUGGGCAAAACAAUUUGCUCCAUUUGCUGUGAUGGUGAACAAUUCUAAAGCAAUGACAGAAGUUGAGCAUUCUUUGGGAAGAAUGAACCCAAAAAUUGCUCUAACUGUUGCAAAAAUGGUGUUCUUAAGUGAUUUAACAAAGCUUCUACCAAAAGUAAAAACUUCAACCUCCAUUAUUCUUACAAAAAAAGACAACAUUGUCCCAAAAUCAGUUGCAUUUUUCAUAAAAUCAAAUAUUGGUGGUAAUUCAAAUGUUAACAUAUUGAAAUCUCAAGGCCACUUCCCUCAACUAACAGCUUUUCCUCAACUUUUGAAAGUUUUGACUAAAGUUCUUCAACUCAAACAGUACAAGAUCAUCAACAAUUGACAAAUUGAUUCAGCUCGCGUUAUCGUUCCUGGUAUCGCUAAUUGAUCAAAUAUAUUCUAUGGAGUAUUAUUGUGUGUUUGUCAAUCCAUUUGUGUAAGAUUUUCACAUGAAGUUAUAGGUUUGUUUGAAGCACUAUUAAGUGAUGAAGUAAUUUAUUUUCAUAUUUUGGUUGUGUAAAGUUAACAUCAUUAUGGUUUGACCACAGCUUUCUUGGACUCAGCUAUAUAUAUAUAUUUAUUACAUUAGAAAAAAAGGAUGUCUAAAAAAGAGUAUGAAUUUAAUGUGUUUAUUUUCAAA